AUUUCUCAUGCGUGCACGCCGCCGUUCAGAUAGCGUAGCGUGCGCGCACCCAUCCGACUUGCCCCCUCCCCUGUCUUUCAACACUGUAGUCAAGUUGUCCAUCCCGCUGCACGCCCACAUCCAUAUUUUCCGAGUGUGCUCAGAACAUGGUGGUGCUGGUGAACGCAGCGCCCGGGUAAACGCCGUGUUCCCAACCUGAAGCCGACCGGUUCUCACGACUCAGCCGUUCCCUUCAACAGGCUCGAUCAGACGGCGGAGGACCGAAUGCGAACGGAAGAGGACGCAACGCAACACAACACAGCUGCAGUGUGUUCGCCUGGCAUGAGCUUGCCUACAAAAAAACCGGACUUGUACAGAGUUUUGGAAGAAUCCUAAACACAAACGGCGUAUCUUCUUGGCGACCUGGAGGAAAUAAAGUAGAGGAUGAAGUUGGGGCAUUGGCAUGGGAUUAUAAAUGUAUAAUGGAGUGUGAGAGGAGGGCACAUGCUCAUUAUUGCUCUUAACUCUACGAGUGUUAAACUGCCAGUCUGAUCAAGGGACUCGAGGCCUGGGGGGAAAAACUUUCUUCAUUUUGGACACUUUGCAUUCAAAUUCUUGGAGAUUACACACACAAGUAAGAGGGUUCCGAGGGGUUGAACACAAACAAGGAUAUACUUCCCGUCAGAAGACUUUAACUUGUAAGAUUGGCUCGGAACUAUCAGUAUUUUCUUCUUCUUUAAAGUUGAAAUCACCAUAUUAUUUAUGUCUUCUGGAGUUGGCAGAUCUGCACAGCCGCGUUGCACCCACACGCGAAGCGCUGAUGUCAUUUAAAGUGAUCGCGAAGACAGCUUGAUUUUGGUAGUAUUUCAACUUUUUAAGAGCUGGAAUAUUAACUUUUGGUAUCCGGAGUGGGUGUUCAGGAAAGGACGGGGCUCCUCCAUGGGACAGGCCCUUUUUUUACCCUCGACAGGGGCAGACGUUGGGCUGUAGCGGAAUAUUGUCUGAGUUUGUUCGGAAAAAGGCGACCGCAACUCUUCACUGUUUGACUUUUUACGCGAUAUUAAGAUGAGUAUCGCUUCAUCUCAUCCUGAUGUCACAGCCUAAGGGGAUAUAAUAUUAGACACCUUUGAAUUGAUAAGAAGUGAUUGUUGUCGCUCAAAAGGGAAAUUCGAAGCUUUUUAAACGUUUUCUCUCAGAAAUUCGCGCCUUUUUGACAGAUUAGUCUUAACCGUCGAACAGCAAACGUUAUUUUUGACAUUUGAUUAAAACUGACGUUAAACCGAAACUAGUGCAAGAAAUGGGUAAAAUCUGUCAUUUGGAAAUAUGACAUUUAAAUGUAUUCUACCUUCAGAUGUCUUUUAGUUGCUUAAAAAAAGGGAACGCAAAUUCAAACUUUGCAGAGCAUUGGAGAGGGUGUUUGAAGGACAGUGUUUCACUGGAUAAAAAGUAUUUUAAAGACAGCUUCAGAAUAGCCGAUGUGUACCAACCUCCCACGUUUCUUACUAUUUAAAUAUACGUACUUGCUCUUGUCGUGUUGAAUGCGUAUUAAAAGCGAUGUGCUUGAGAAAGAGGGACCGAGCGGAUGACAGUGCGUCAGUCUCGGCCGCGCGCACGGAGCAGAAUCGCACACAGGCGCGCUCGCGCGUCACUGAGCCAUAACAUCUAAUGGAAUCCGAGUGUUGACGUCAUUGGAGCGCGGGUAAGGAACUCGUCAAGAGUCCGUGACGGUCCAUCUCCGGAGAGCACUUGUUUUCACAUUGAAACUUUUUGUUGCUCUCAUAAGAAUAAUUUUCUAUAUCAAGUACCACUUCAUUGUACAGUUAAUUGUAGCUGAUAUGUGAUAAUUAAGAGCCAGCUGUUGUCUCAUCACCAUGGCAUUGCCACAGCAGCACCAGCCGCUGCAGGAGACCGAGGUUAGCUGUGAUAGUAAAGGAGAGGCCGUUACUGUGCGGAUAACUGACACCCACCAUCAACAGGUGGGCCCAGGACUAGAGAGUGAGUGUGCUGAUGUGCCCAGUGGCAUGGGUUCCUCCAAGCCCAUCAAGUAUAGUAUCUCAUCCAGCUGCAGCUCUGGGGAGUUGGGUGGACCCAGGGUUACCAUAACUCAUCUGAGUCAUCAGAGGAGAGUUCCACCGCUGUUUGAAAGGUCUGCCGCACAGUGCUGGGACCCUAAAUUUGACUCAUCCAUACUUGAGGAGGCAUGUAGGGAGCGAUGCUUUCCCCAGACGCAAAGACGAUUCCGCUAUAUCCUCUUUUAUCUCGCCAUUGCAGCACUCUUUUGGGGGGUGUACUUUGGGAUCAAUAGCUCCAGGUGUAACCCUACAAAAUUCCUGGUCCCUACUGCAGGGUUUCUCAUAAUCUGCCUCCUCCUUCUCUGGUUUACCUUCUCGAGGCCGUAUAUGCGUCUCUAUAACCACGCCUCCUUCCUGCUUACAGUAAUCAUGUUCAGCAUCACAUUGGCACCACAGACCCAGACCGCUUAUUUUGCUCAUUUUGGUGGACAAAGAGUGGGCAAUCAAUCACUUCUACCCCCUGUUGGUGAGGAGUCUUUGCAACAUGCUCCUUGUAUAUCACCUGUUGGAACAUUUUCCCUUUGUAUGGAGGUGCUGCUCUUGUUGUACAGUGUUUUGCAUCUACGCCUUUAUGCCUCUGUGCUCCUUGGACUACUGUAUUCUGUGCUCUUUGAGGCUUUAGGCUGGCUGCAACUGGCUCAGUUGGAUGGUAGUGAUGUAGAGCCAUGGGCCAAUGGCGAAGGUCCAAGUUCAGACUGGGAAAUGCUGAGGUGGCUUUGCCCAGGUAAAGCCCUGCUGCACCUGUGCGCUCAUGUCAUAGGCAUCCACAUAUUUAUUAUGUCUGAAGUGCGUUCUCGGAGUACCUUUCUAAAGGUAGGGCAGGCAAUCAUGCAUGGCAAGGACCUUGAGGUGGAGAAAGCUCUUAAGGAGCGGAUGAUCCACUCUGUAAUGCCACAGCUGGUGGCAGAUGAACUGAUGAAGCAGGGAGACGAGGAGAGCGAAAGCUCAGGAAAACGAUACAGCGCAGGUACGUGCUCUGUUGCUACAGCAUCUGCCGCAACCUCGUCCAGCCCGAAGUGCAACAAGCGUAAGAAAAACUCAAUCCCACGUGGACAAAUAAUUUUCAGACCUUUCAACAUGAAGCGUAUGGAGCUGGUCAGCAUCCUUUUUGCUGACAUUGUAGGUUUCACCAAAAUGAGUGCUAACAAAUCCGCCCAUGCCCUGGUUGGACUGCUGAAUGACCUCUUUGGUCGUUUUGACCGUCUGUGUGAGUUGACCCACUGCGAGAAGAUCAGCACUCUAGGAGACUGUUACUAUUGUGUUGCGGGCUGCCCUGAGCCACGCGCCGAUCAUGCAUACUGCUGUGUGGACAUGGGUCUUGGGAUGAUCCAUGCCAUUGAGCAAUUCUGCCAGGAGAUGUCUGAGACAGUGUACAUGCGCGUUGGCGUCCACACUGGCACUGUGCUGUGUGGCAUUCUUGGAAUGAAGCGCUUUAAGUUUGAUGUCUGGUCCAAUGAUGUCAACCUGGCCAAUCUUAUGGAACAGCUGGGUGUUGCAGGGAAGGUGCACUUGUCAGAGGUCACUGCAAGUUUUCUGGAUGACCGUUACGAGAAAGAAGAUGGAAGAGUGUUGGAACGUGCUGGGCAAAGUGUUAAUGACCAACUGAAAGGUUUGAAGACUUAUUUGAUCUCAGGUCGGAAAUUGGGCUCGCAGUGGUCUGGUUGGUCCCAGGUUAGUUUGGGGCGAGAUUUCGGCGAGAUGUUAAGUCCAUCUCCACACACACACACUCCAGACCUCACACACUCCGCCAUCGCAGAAUCUCUUUUACACGGCAAGUCUGUGUCCACUUACUGCGGUGUCUCAGUAGAUGCUGGUGGGAAUCCGAUAGCAGAUGAGGCAACUCGAAAUGGUUGCCAGGAUGAACAUAGGCCCAACAGUAACAAGUUCCCUGCAGGCCGCAGCCCUAAAACUCAGAAUGGGCUGCUGAGUCCUAUGUGUGAGGAGGGCAUCGGAGUCAGCCAGUCCUCCCUGUGUGACAAACUCCAGGACAAAGACAGGAGCUGGGCAGGAGGUCUAUCCACAGAAGGAGGUGGCUCUGGUUUGGACCACUCGGCUAUCCUCCCACUACGCUCAAAAAACUUCCGGGAGAAAAGCGAUGCACAAUUUGUUGAAGUCAUAAAGGAAGACAGUCUGAUGAAGGAUUAUUUCUUCAAGCCGCCCAUUAACAAGUUGAGUCUGAACUUUCUGGAAAAACCUCUGGAGACAGCUUACCGCACAAGCUACCAGGAGGAGGUGGUGAACCAUGUGCCGGUGCGGACAUUUGCGAGUCCUGUCUUCAGCUCUCUGCUUGAUGUUUUGCUGUCUUGCGCUGUUUUCCUCGCACUGACCAUCGCCUGCUUCCUCUAUCCCUUUGUUACCAUGGAGAUACCCCGGGCAACCACACUUGGUCUGGUGAUCACGGCGGCUCUUUUGGAAUUGGUCUCUCUCAUAAUGUCAAUCCGUAUGACGUUUUGCUUUGACGAACAGAAUUGUACUCGCUCUCUGCUGAAGCUGGUGUCUGGCUGGCUCCCACGUCAUGUGAUAGGGGCUGUGCUUGUGUCGCUUCCUGCUGUGUCCGUCUUCUCUCACCUGUCUUUCAGUCUGCAGCUGCCCAUUCAGGUGACCAUGUUCCUGUGCUGUGCGCUCAUUAUUGCCAUUAUCCAGUACUGUAACUUCUGCCAGCUGAGUUUCUGGAUGCGCUCUGCUCUGGCCACUGUAGUUGGGUUGUCUUUGCUCACCCAGCUCUACAGUGCAACCACCAGGCCAAGCACCACUAACAGUUAUCCAGCUUUUGGGAACAUGAGUAAUAUGAGCUCUGAAGUAGGUGAGUUGGACUCGGCACCCACAGCCCUUGACCUGCUCGUCCCAGAGACUGUGCUCUCCUUCUUCCUUCUGAUGCUGCUGGUUUGGUUCCUCAACAGAGAAUUCGAGGUCAGUUACCGUCUGCAUUACCAUGGAAAUGUGGAAGCCGACAAGCAUCGCAUUAAGAUCCAGACCAUGCGAGAUCAGGCAGACUGGUUGCUACGUAACAUCAUCCCCAUUCAUGUUUCCGAGCAGCUGAAGGUGAACCAGAGUUACUCUAAAAAUCAUGACAACAUUGGGGUCAUCUUUGCAAGUAUCGUCAACUUCAGCGAGUUUUACGAGGAAAGCUACGAGGGUGGCAAAGAGUGCUACAGAGUACUUAACGAACUCAUUGGAGACUUUGACGAACUGUUGCGCACACCGGCAUUCUCCAAUGUAGAGAAAAUUAAGACCAUUGGUGCUACCUACAUGGCAGCAUCGGGAUUAAAUGCACAGCAGUGCAAGGAGCAAAAACAUCCGCACGCCCACCUGCGUGCCCUCUUUGACUUUGCCCUAGAAAUGAUGCAUGUGGUGGAUGAUUUUAACAAGAACAUGUUGGGCUUCAAGUUCAAGCUGCGAAUUGGCUUCAACCAUGGUCCCCUGACUGCCGGUGUCAUCGGCACUACAAAGCUACUUUACGACAUUUGGGGCGAUACAGUCAACAUUGCUAGCCGCAUGGACAGCACUGGGGUAGAGUGCCGCAUUCAGGUUAGCGAAGAAAGCCAUUGCGUGCUCAACAGAAUGAACUAUGCCUUCGAUUACCGUGGCACUGUGAAUGUGAAAGGUAAAGGGCAGAUGAGGACUUACCUGUACCCUAAACUGAACAAGAUCGGACUUGGGUCCACACAGAGCCUGGAACUUCAACGCCAGGCCGAUGGCACCAUUGGGCUUUUAGAUCCCAAUGCAUUUGCCAAUACAACAACAACAGCAUCCUCUGCACCACUAAAUCCUCCAUCCACCCCUCCUAAUGUUUCCUUUAUCAAUGGCCAUGGUGUGCCCCAAGGGCAGGUAAUGGGCCCUUUUCAGAAUAACAAAGAGUUGCACCAAGACACUAAUGAAGAUUUCCCUGUCCCUGAGCACAAAGAAAAGGAUCAGGAGAGCUCUUAUCAAUCACCAUCACUCAGUGGUACACAACCUCCAUCAAUAGCACAACUGUAUGCACCAUUAGCCAGACCAGAGACACCUUUACAAGAAGAGGAAGAAGCUGAUGAGCAUACAAAGCUCAGGGAAGUGGAGUGAUUAGGAAUUCCUCCUAACUUCGAGUGUUCCCUCUUCAAGAGCCUUAAAUAUUGAGGCUCUACUUCCUUCAAGGGGCUUUUCCGACCUCAACUGUUGGAGUUCCAGCAACAUCAGGCUGUAAAGGGCAUCUGUUCAUAACAAACUUAAAAUAAGGAAAAGGGGUAAUGUAAGCAUCUGCUGUGUGGAUCACAGUGAAGCACAGAAUGGAGGAGGAACAAUGAGCAGAGUUACAUUUCUGAUGUGUUCAUCUUUUUUUUGUUUUUUUUUAUAAAGUGCCUUAUGGAUAGAUAUGUAAACUGAACAAGAUGGGUGAAAUGAUCAAAUCAAAGGGAUGUUUGAACAAACAUAUCAGUGUGGAGAGUGGAAAAAUGCUGUUUUCCAUAAUGAAACAAUUGAACCCCUAUUACCAUAUUAAUUGUUUUUUCUUUCAGUAUUUUCCUGUCUUUGAGACAAGAAAUCGAAAAAGUGCCAGUUGCCAAUGAGGAAAAGCAAUUACAGCCCAAUGUAUUGUGGGUAUUUUAAUGAAUAUACAAUAUAUUCAUUUCUUUGCUCUACUCCAAGUCACCUAUGUAGUGAUGAAGGUAAAGAUGGAAUGAAUGGGCACUUCUGUCCACUCUUCCCAUAUUAACAUUCAAUACGUCUGGAAGCAAACAAUGUAGUGUUUUAUCAAUGGGAGGCAGUGAUUCCCGUAUAAUAGGACCUUGAACUUUUAUAAUGAGAAAUGAGUGAAGCACAAUCAGCCUUAUUUGUUUGAAACGCAAUCAGAGAGCAAAAACCGUGCUGAGCGCUCUCCAUCCACUUCAUUAGACAACACAAGCGCCUGAUGGGUGUACCAUCAGAUCUGCAUUUGGAAAUUUACUGUAUAAUUUGACUCCCGAGUGGAUUGUGUUUGGAGGUUAAAUGCAGUUAUGCUUGAUUUAAAUGUAUACAGUAAUCAUAGAACUGUGAUGUAACCAUAUUUUUUUGGCCCCAUUGAUUUACUGUAGUGUUUCUCAUAGUUGUAUACAAAUAGUCCCUUAUACCUUGUCUUGCAGUUCCAGAGCACAAAAAUGCUCAUAGAUUAUUUUCAUUUUUUUAUAUAAUGGCACUUAAGAAUAUUUAUCAUCUUUACACAGCAGGAUGACUAGCACUGUGUUUCCCCUAAAUAUAUACUCUAACCAAUGAGGCCUUAGAUAAGACCCAAAAAUAGGGUGUUCGUUUGAACAAAGAUGUUUUUGCUAAAUUGCCUAAAAAGUACUUUAAAAUGCAUUAACAAUUUCGUUCAGUGCCUCAACAUUUUCAUAUCAAAUAUGCUUGCAGACAAUUACAAUUUUCACUGUGAUUUUGCCAGGAGCUGCUGAAUUGUUAUCGCCAUAGUUUUUAUUGACCACAACGCACUUGUGAUACCUGUUGUUCACUUCAUUGCCUUGAGUUGCAGUUUUGGUAAAACAUUUUCUUCUGCCAUUGUUUUCAGUAUAUUUGUAUCAUAAAAAACAAUUUAUUUGUAAUUCUUGGUGUGUGACAGUAAUGAAAUGUGCUUAACGUAUGACAGAGCAUGCCAAGCCUGUUCUAGGAUUUGACUGCAGUUCUUUGAGUUUCAACCGUUUUGUUUGUCUGUAUCUGUUGUGGAGAAGAUUUUUGUUGUGAUUUUUAUUUUUAAUUUUUUUUGUCCAUUAUACAUUCAGAACACUAGAAAAUCAUUUCUUGUAUACAUUGCAAUGCGUCUCACGUUUCAAUCAUACACUGCAAAAAAUUAUUUUAUUAGUAAUUUUGCCUUUUUUUUUUCCUCUAGCAAAAAUAUCUUAACAUACUUUAAACAAGAUAUUUUAUGCAAAAUUAUGUAAGAUAUUGAACAAAAUUCAAAAGAAAUUGAACAAAAUUAGGUACUUUAAUUCUUAAAAUGUGCCAAUAGGUAAUGAAAUUUUUUUAAAAUUUUGAUUUUUUUUCCCUCUGUUUUAAGCAUAAACCCCACUAUGUUAUGUCAGACUGCUCUGAAAACAAGACAUAUGACAUUGUCAUUCUGCUUCUCAUGUAAUUUAUUCCUUGUUUUAAGGAUGUUUAGAUACUUUUACUGUAAAUAAGACAAAAACACUCUCUAAGAAAAUAAUUUUUGGCAGUGUUGCAGGAGGUGGCAGGUUUAGUUUCUCUCAAAAGGCCAACAAGAGCAAGAGCAACAAGUAAUUUGUUCUCAAUUUUUUUUAAAUCAAGUGCAUUUUUGGUGUCUUUUUCCUCAUUUGUAAUGCCAGGUUGCUGAUUUUGGUGUCUGCAGUAUCCAGGUAUCUUUUGACACCACAGCUUUCAUAACAUCUGCAAAAUUAUGUUUUUGUAUCAUAUUAUUUCCUUUUUGAUGUGAAUUGUAAUUCCAGACAUUUAAAAAAAAUGUAUACUCUGUAUCUUUAAAUUGAACUUUUCGGGAUGGAAAAGGGAUUUGUUUUUGCUGUUAAGUAAUUGUUUCAAUGUGCACUGCUUUAUAGCCAACACAUUCACCUAUGAGUUAUUUUAUCACUCCAUUGGCUAAAGAAGACCAGUGCUGACAGUAUUGAAUUACUUGUGCAUUAUAAUGUAUGUUUGUAUUAAAUGCGUUCAUAUUUAUUAGGGCUGCGCAUGAACCAGUGUGCAGCCAAUGAGCCUAAUAACAAAAGGGUAUAUUUAUGAAAGGGAGCCACUUAAAGCAGGGAGAGGUGGUUUUUUACAUCUGUAUGAACUUAUCACCUCAACUUCAGCUAACUGUAUUGUAACAAGCACCUACUUUAAUUCUCUAGAAAGUAAUAUGACCUAAACCCUAAAAGUGCCUCAGACUCCAAUCCACUUAAGCUUUUAAAUAUAUUUUGAAUAACCCAAAAAGAAGUGUGAAUUUUUUUCACCCUUGCAUUUAGUUUUGUUAUUUUGGGAAAGAGGCCGAAGGCUAGCUUUCAGUUUAGAUGGUUUAUAUGUAAUGUCACAGUUUUUGCCAUUUCUGUACCAUUUAGUUUCUUUAAAAAUGAAAAUUUUAACGGGUUCAAAUUUAAAACAAGCAUAUUUAUAUUAAGAGUGCAAAUCUAAAAUGCACCAAACCAAUUAAGAUUGUUAAAAAAUGUGCCCUCAAAAAAUUGCUUAACAUGCUUCGAUUGAUUAUCUGUGCAUUCAUUAUUGAGGCUUUUCUUUGUGCCUUAUGGGGAAAAUGUUUGUGUAUACCAAAUAAGUUUUUGCAGUGUGGACAGAAGCUGCAAGACAGAGCUGUAAUGUGGGCAGUAUAUUAUUUCUUUUCCAGCAACAAAUGUUCUUCAGUAAUUUGUUCUUAUGUGCAUGAUUCACAGCGGGUAUUGAUUUAUUAGCCAUUAUAUUCAUGCAAAAGCGUAAUCUGUACAUUUGCACAGUGCACUCACUUUGUAUGUACAUAUCAUGUAUUGUUUUAUUUGAUUUUUAUUUUACAAAAUGUAUAAUACAUGUGCAUGUGCCAGAUUUUGAGCAUAGACGAACAACGAAAAGAUAUC